AUGGUUACUACUGUCCAGAGCUAUCUCCACAACGUAGAGCUGCUGAGAGAUCAAACAGGUGCUCAUGUAGAAGUAGCAACUCAAGGAAUUCAAGAAUUUGUGCAAGAUCCAAACUCAAUUUUUAUUUUGUGCCAAAUCAUUUCUAGUAAUGCGAAUACUAUUUUUAAAAUGCACGCCAUUAUCAGUAUAAUCAAUUAUAUAAAGGAAAACAAUGAAUUCGACGAAGAAUAUUUGGAACAAUUUAAGAAUUUACUAAUAUCACUUUUUACUCCAGAAAAUAUCGAAUUAAAUCAGUUACUCGUUGAGGCAGCACGCAAUUUAGUCAAAAAAAUCAAUGGUGAAUGGUUGGAAUUAAUUAAUUUAGCGUUUGUAUCAGAUUCUGACAAAGAAUACAAGUACGAAUUAAUCAAUUCGAUUAUUGCUGAUUAUUAUCCUGACUAUUUGAAGUCAAAUUUACCAAUUAUUUUUGAUUUAGUCAGAGAUGGCAUAGAAUCAGGUAAAGAAGAGACGAUUCUUGGCUGCAUUAAAGUUUCCUACAAUUUGUUCAUUAAAGUUCCCGGUUCCCAUCAACAAUUUCAGGAAUUGACAACAAAAAUUCGCGAAAUUCUUAAUUCUUCCAUUGAAGAGAACCAAUUUUCUAUACUAGAUAAGCUUGUUGCACUCGAUGAAAAGAUUCUUUGGAUUUUUAUUGAAGAUCAAUCUUUUCAACUAAUUUUAGAGAAAUUAUUGAACCAAGAGUUGACAUUUGACAUAAAAUACAAGUUCAAUGCUCUGUUGUCUACAUUAUUACCCCUUAAAAUCGAUAAUUUGUCCCCAGAAUUGUUAGAUCAAAUUUUAAACUUCGAAGUAUUCUUUGCAAUGGACUCAUUCUCACAGGAAUACUCAUACAAUCUCAUUAUGAUGGAUUUCGUCAAUAUUACUAAGCUAAUUCUCUCAACAAUUCCAAUGAAAUUUUUACAAGAAAUGGUUGAGACAAAAUUCAAUGAGUUGAUUGAAAACAACACGAGGGAAAUAGUUUGUAUCGGUUUACUCUUAAUGGCUACAGGAAUCAAAACUUAUCCAACAAUUUUCUCAAAUUACGCCCCGCAAGUGUUCAAAACUGUUGUAGAGAGUCUUGUAUCUGAUGACCAAUACAUAGCAUCAACGUGCGCCUUUAUUUUGAUCUAUGUAAAGUUAUUUGAAGAUUAUAUUAAAAUUAAUUUCGAAACUGUGUGGGCAAACACAGAACAAUACAUCUCACAGAGCUCAGAUGUCUCUCUAACAACAAAUAUAUUACAAAUCUUGUCAGAAUGCGCUUCAGAUAACCCAGAAACUGUAAUUCAACUUGUUAAUUGGUGUUUUAGCGAAAUGGAGAAAGCUCCAGACCCUAAUACUUAUACACCAAUGCUUAUGAACCUCGUAACUAAUCUUAGAGACUUAGAAGCUCUUCAAAAUAUUUAUAAUCAAAUUUAUGAGCUAAUAAGUAAUAACAAAGACAAUUAUUCCUUGUUCAUACUGAUACUUGGCCAGAUCAUGCGCUAUUUGUCCGCUUUCGACUUCUUCCAAGAGAAUUUAGAAGGAUUAGUUAAAAUGAUCGAAACUUUCAUCAAAUCUUCCGACUUGUACCUGAACAGCCUUGCAAUAGAGGUGACAGGAAACAUAUUGGACAACAUAAAAGAUAUCGAAAUCAUUAAAAUUUUGUAUAAUGAUAUAAAACCGUUCGCGGACAUGCUUGAUCGUAAUUGUUCUCAGUACGAACAUAACGUAUAUUGCUCAGCUUACUCAUUUUGCGUAUCUUUUCUUAGGUAUUGCGUUUAUGAAUUUAGAAAUGAAAAUAUUAAUUUUGACUCUCCAGAGAAUAUCGGGUUUUUCGUUAACAAAGGAAUGCUUGGAUUGGAAGUAGGUCACGAGGAAGAGAUUAUUUCCGUUCUAAAUAUCAUUCUUUCCAAAUUAAUUAACUGUAAUAACUCAAAAGACGAAGGAUUAACGAAUGUGCUUGCCAGUUUGCUAGAAAAACUAAUUAGCAUGGAUUUUGACGACGGAGUAUGCAUUUGUCUCUCUGAUAUUCAUGGUUUACACCCAGAAUUAUUUGAUGAAAAUUGUUCAAAUGUAAUUUUGACAAAAAGUGACAAAUGUUUUGAAGAAAUUUUAGGAAAACAACAAUUAACACCUGAUUUAGUUAACAUACACUCCAAUACAAUAUAUAAUAUUUCCAGAAUCCUGAAAACUGUUUCAGAUGAAGAUAAAAAAUCUGAAUUGUGUCUGAAAUAUUAUAAUUUGUAUGCAAACUAUGUUAACGAUGACCAGUUAAGUGCCUACUACAAAUUGUUAUGGAUUUAUUUGAUUUUGACAUUAGAUUGUGUAGUUUUUUCUUUUUUGGACCAAGAAAACUUUUUGUUCAUUGAAUCUUUCUUGUUAUCGAAUCUCCUCGAAUCAGACAAUGCUGCAUCAAUCAUUGUAGCAAAUAUCGCUGAUUCUUGUUUGAAAGCUUAUAAUUUUCAGAAAUCUUCAAUGAUUACAAAAGAAAAAUGGAUAACAACAAUAUCAGAGAAACUAAAUAAUACUGAUGAAACAAAUAAAAUCGAAAUAACAAUGAGAGAAAAAUUGUUGUCACUUUUGAUAUCGUUUUCACUUUUGUAUGGACAGAAUUAUGACAAAGAACUGUUGAAGAACGCUUUGACGAAUGUGUUACCAAUAAGAUAUGAGUUCAAUGUUCUUCCGACAAUCAGUUCUUCGUUGAAUGUCCUGCAAAUGACUGGUGUUGACAUGACAGAAAUUUUCAGAAAACUGAUAAUUCAGUUCGCUGUUCCUAGAUACCAGAGAGAGAAGAUGGAUUGCGAGGAAGUAUUGAUUUACACAUUCGCUACUCCUAUGAAAAAUUUCUUGGCGUCGUUAGGUGAAGAAGCAGAGAAUUUCAUCAGAGAAACAUUGAAUAACAACGAAUUGUCAAUUUUCUAUUUGAAUCUCUUCUUCCAAGAAUCUGACAAAGCUUGGGCACAAAUGAUGGCUGGAUUCAACGACGUGAAUACUGGAGAAGUUUACGAUUUGUCUGGUGAGGAAACUUAA